UAUACAAGUUGGAAAGACACUGCAAAAGUUGUGGGGCAAGUCUUGGAUUAUAGGAGACUUCUGUGGGUCAGAUGUAUAUGUGGAUCAGGAGAAUGGCACUUACAAGGUGACAAACUUGUAUAAAUUUAGUGAUAAUUAGUGAAUUAAGUAUGCAGAUCAUUUCAAGGCCGACAUUUUAUUGUUUUUUUUUUCCUUAUUUCAAGGUUUAUGUGGUUUCACUGUCUCAUUUGAAUCUCUUAAAUACUGAUGUUUUGGCUAAAGAGAAUGUUCUAGAAGAUGCUCAAGAAGUCUUCAGGUAAAUUUGACCAAACUCUAAGAGGUUUUAUUUUUCUUUUUUGAACUGUAGCCCCAGAACCUAACUGUAAUUAAAGUUAAGGUAGAUUUUUCUUAAACACAAAAAAAAAAAAAAAAUCUCACUCUCUCUAACUGUCAUAUGUUGUCUGUCUGACUGAUUCUUUCGGUCAGGUCUGGAAGUAACUGUAUAUUUUGUUUCAUAGAAUCAAUUCUAUUUUCAAACUUUGUAAACAAGACAAAUUGGGGAAUAAAUAGAGCAAUCAUUUUAAUAAAUGUUUUGCAGUUUUUCUUUGUUUUUCUAAAGCUGGCUGUCCAUUUUUAUCAUAAAAUGAAAAUACCAAAACUUGUUAGCUGUUAUUUAUUAAAAUUUUAUACAUAUUCUAGUUUCUACAUUUUUAUCAGGGCAGCUCCAGAAGUCCUUAAGCACUCCAUGUUUUCCCGGGCCAGUGAUACUUACUGCUUGGGACAUUUAAUUUGGGAAACUCUAACUGCCUUUGACAAUCCCAAAAUGAAAAAAGAUGACUUUAAAGAGAAGUUGCAAUUUGAUGGAUUUAAAUCUGUAAGAAACAUUAUGGUCUUUUUUUUUUUUUUUUUUUUUUUUUUUUUUUUUUUUUUUUUUUUUUAAAAGAUCAAAUUUUUAUUUUUUUUUUUUUUUUUUUUUUUUUUUUUUUUUGUCUUUGUUUUUUUUUGUUACAAAAGAGCAAAUGUUUAUGUUUUUUUUUUCCAAACACUUUUAAAAUUAGAAAAAAAUUCCAAAAUUGUAUAAACAGCAUAAUUUUAACAGAUCAAUCACAUGCGGCACUAUUCAUUACAAGGAUUUGGAACCAACAAUGUAUUUCUCACAUAAGGACAUAAGUGUUCUCUCAGCAAUCUGAUUGUUGUAUAUUCUUACAUGUUAGCUCUGCAAAUGUUGAUGCCUUUUCUAGCUUAAUUACUUUGCCUACUUCCUUAAUUUAUAGUUUAUAGCAAUGGCCCUGCAUUCCAUUGAGAAGUGGGGAUAAUGUAAAUGGAUUUAACUUUUACUGUAACCAGUAAAAAUAAACUUUGCAAGAAGCAUGUGGAUCAGACCAAACAUUUUACAAAUUUCAAAGAGGGGGGAGAGAUAAAUUAUAAUUAUUUCAACUAAAAGAAAAAUUCCUUAAUUCUAGCUGUUCAGUCCUGCUUAAACUGAUUCAAGAAAUUGUUAUUUCAAGCAUCUGUACAAUUAUUUAACAAAUAAAAAAUAAAGUAAUUAAAGUUAUCAGAGAUCAAAUUUUAAAAAAUCACAAAUCUAUUUCUGUAACAUCAUGCAGUUGUCACAAAUUAAAGAUGAAAUACGGAGGAACAAUGAGAACGAAGAAAAAGAGAAACUGGAAGUGCCAGAUUACAACCAGUGGGUCCAAAAGUAUUACAAUGAGAAAGUACAAGAGAAACUGGAAGAGAGACUAACUAAGCCAAAAUGCUGUUCAGAAGAUUUCUACCUGUUUAUCAAAGAAUGCCUUCAUGUCAAAGACUGUAACAGGCCAACCAAAUCUCUGGU